CGCGCGCGAGAGAGAGAGAGAGAGGCUUUAAGGUCAGAGCCGAGCGGUCGGUGUCUCUCUCUUUCUCCCCCGCAUUUGUCUCCCCUUUCGGAGACUUUUUCUUUCAACGAGUUUCACCGUCACUGAACUCAGUGUCGCUUCACCGGGCGACCGCGAUAAUAUCGAGUUGCUAUUUUCUGGACGGCGGUGGGUGUGUGAGUGAGUGAAGGGGGAAAAAACCAGGAGCGGCUCGAGACUCUUUCGAGUGACGGCGACUUCGGAGGAUGUCGGCGUCGCAGCCCGAACACCAGGCCUGUCCGAGAAACGAGCGCUUCAGCAGGAGGAGGCCGCCGCCAUGUCGCUGGUCCUGCGGCAGGAAGCGCGGGGCCGACGGCAAACUCAGGCGACAGGACGACUCGGACGCCACCGUCUUCGACGAGAGCAAGGACUGGUCCGCGGACUCUUCCCAGGCGGAUAUCAGGGUCACCAGUUUCACAACACCAGAGAGUGAGGGUCCAGUCUCCAGAUGUUCCUCUGGUGACUGGGGAUCUGCAGUUGAAGAAGAGGAAACGCGACAGACCAUUUAUCAGGAUUUAAAAAGAUAUAGAAGAAGGCUGUUGCUAAAUGACUUCAAUGAACAGGAAAAGGAUUGCUCUUCUGAAAGUUCCAGUUGCUCCAGGGAAUCAUUGGUAUCUUCAGAACUUGAAACUGAUGAAGUAGUGCUAAUGAGAAGACAGAAGCAGAUCAACUAUGGGAAGAAUACAAUUGCAUAUGAUCGAUUCACACGAGAAGUUCCAAAGCACCUUCGGAAGCCAGGUGUUCAUCCAAGAACUCCCAACAAGUUUAAGAAGUUCAGUCGUAGGUCCUGGGACCAGCAGAUUAGGUUGUGGAGGAUUUCACUGCAUGACUGGGAUCCACCAGCAGAAGGAAGUGAUUUACAGGCAAUCACAACGCUUGAUCUCGAUGAUGUAAUGGAAACUGAGUCUGUAAAUGGCUCCGGUGAAAGUGGAAUAAGUUCCCUUGGUGGGAGAGGAUGCACUCCAAACAACAUGCCAUCCUCUCAGGUCUCUUCCUCAACUACUCCAAUGAAGCCCAAAGAGUUUACAUCUUUUGAUGAAAGGAAUGAAUUUAAUUUGCAGGACUGUUUGGCUGACACAGAUGAAGUUGAUUCUUUGUUGAGCUAGUCACUAAAAAAAGCUUGCUGUUUUUUAUGAAUAUUUUGAUAUUGUUAAAUAAUUACUCUUUGUGUUAUCUUCAUAUAAAAGGAGCUUGUGAUUUUCUAAGAUUGAAUUCUGCUUUUUUUAAACUCCCAUGUGGGGUCAAAUCUUUGGCAUUAUUAGACUUCAGAUGGACUCCCCUGUAUGUUCAGAACUGCUGGUUUUCUGUUUACAACAAUUGCAAGGUGAACAAAUCCUUGUUAAGGGGUGACUUCCAGCAACAAGAUUGCAUAAAGUGUCUUAGUUUUAGUCAUUUGACUCAUGGAUGCAAUGAGCUUAUUUUUUUCAAAAUAAAUGACAUUACAUAAAUGUAAUGUGAGAAUAAAGGUCGAAGCAAAUAGAAAAGUUCUCCUUAUGGAAUUCAAGAUUUUUUAAUUUUGGAUGUAAUGUGACUUUAGUCCCUACACUUAGUCAUCCUCUAGUUAUCACAGGUAUUCAAAAUUUUUCAUUGUUGAAAUAAAUUGUUGAAUUCUUUAUUCAAAAGGUAUCCAUCCUUUGGUUUUUGUAAAGGUUGCUGAAGCUGUGCAAUAAAGUGGAUUACAGCUGAA